CCAGGGUUUUACAAGGCAGUUACUGGGAAUCUUAAAUGUGCCAAAUGCCCCCCACACAGCUUCACUCAGGAAGAGGGCUCCACAUAUUGUUUCUGUGAGAAGAAUUAUUACCGUGCUGAUAAAGACCCUCCGUCUAUGGCUUGUACAAGACCACCUUCUGCACCAAGAAACCUUAUUUCUAACAUUAAUGAAACAUCUGUUAUACUGGACUGGAGCUGGCCGCUGGACACCGGGGGUCGUAAAGACAUCACUUUCAACGUGCUCUGUAAAAAAUGUGGAGGAAACACAAAAUUUUGUGAAGCCUGCAGGGGGAAUCUGCGAUUUAUUCCCCGCCAGUUAGGUCUUACCAACACCACUGCGACAAUAACAGACUUACUGGCACACACCAACUACACUUUUGAGAUUGAAUCAGUGAAUGGGGUCUCUGACCAGAGUGUACUGUCAAGACACAUUGCCGCUGUCAGCAUUACAACCAACCAAGCUGCUCCAUCUCCUGUCACAGUAAUUAGAAAGGACCGAACCUCAAGAAACAGCAUUGUACUAUCUUGGCAAGAGCCAGAACACCCAAAUGGGAUCAUCUUGGACUAUGAGGUCAAGUACUAUGAAAAGCAGGAACAGGAAACAAGUUACACCAUUCUGCGAGCGAGAGGCACCAAUGUGACGAUUACUGGUCUAAAACCUGAUACCACAUAUAUCUUCCAAAUACGAGCUCGAACGGCAGCUGGCUAUGGAUCAAACAGUCGCAAGUUUGAGUUUGAAACAAGUCCUGACUCUUUCUCCAUUUCCAGUGAGAAUAGUCAGGUUGUGAUGAUUGGCAUCUCAGCAGCGAUAGUAAUUAUCCUGCUCACAGUGGUUUUAUACGUGCUCAUUGGAAGGUUUUGUGGAUACAAUAAAUCGGUGCACAGCCCAGAUGAAAAAAGACUCCACUUUGGAAAUGGUCACUUAAAAUUUCCUGGACUCAGAACCUACGUAGACCCUCACACAUAUGAAGAUCCUAGUCAUGCUGUGCAUGAGUUUGCAAAAGAGCUGGACUCUGCAUGUAUAUCCAUAGACAAAGUUAUUGGAGCAGGAGAGUUUGGAGAGGUGUGCAGCGGACGGCUAAAACUACCUUCUAAAAAGGAAGUCGGUGUGGCAAUAAAAACUCUAAAAGUUGGUUACACUGAGAAACAGAGAAGGGAUUUCUUGAGUGAAGCCAGCAUCAUGGGUCAAUUUGAGCAUCCCAACAUUAUCCGGCUGGAAGGUGUUGUUACUAAAAGCAAACCAGUGAUGAUUGUGACAGAAUACAUGGAAAAUGGCUCUCUGGACACAUUUCUGAGAAAACACGAUGCUCAAUUUACAGUCAUCCAGCUGGUGGGUAUGCUGCGCGGCAUUGCAUCUGGCAUGAAAUAUCUCUCGGAUAUGGGUUACGUCCAUCGUGACUUGGCAGCCCGCAAUAUACUUAUCAACAGUAACCUGGUCUGCAAAGUGUCUGACUUUGGAUUGUCCCGAAUCCUGGAAGAUGACCCAGAGGCAGCGUACACAACCAGGGGUGGCAAAAUACCAAUUAGAUGGACUGCACCAGAAGCCAUUUCCUAUCGUAAAUUUACAUCAGCAAGUGAUGCCUGGAGUUAUGGCAUCGUACUGUGGGAAGUUAUGUCAUAUGGCGAGAGACCUUACUGGGAAAUGUCUAAUCAAGAUGUCAUUAAAGCGGUAGAUGAAGGUUACCGGCUGCCACCACCCAUGGAAUGUCCAGCUGCCUUGUAUCAGCUGAUGCUAGACUGCUGGCAGAAGGAUCGAAACAACAGACCAAAGUUUGAGCAGAUUGUCAACAUCUUGGACAAGUUAAUUCGCAAUCCUAGCAGCCUGAAAGUCAUUGCCAAUACAGCCACAAGACCAUUAAAUCUACUAUUGGAUCAAAACAAUGUAGACUUCUCCACAUACCGACCCUCGGGAGACUGGCUUGAUGGUAUGCAGACUGCACAGUGCAAGGACAUUUUAUCAGGAGUUAGCUACAGCUCCUGUGAAACAAUUGCAAAAAUUUCAUUAGAUGACAUGAAGACAGUUGGAGUCACAAUCAUCGGCUCUCGAAAACAAAUGAUGGGUGCAGUCCAACCUCAAGAACUGCAUAUAAAGAAUGGACCUGUUAAUGUGUAAAACACAGUGAAGUACAGGAAGCUACACUUCAAACAUAUGGUGCAAUUAAAUCUAAAAACUGAGAGCGCGCUGUGGGGAGCUUGAACUUAAUGUAAACCUCACACGCUCUUAUGUUGGAGUAAACAUGCCUUAAAAUCGGAGUGAAAACUCUUCUAUUUGUCUGUCAGGAAGGCUGCAUUUCCGGUCACUAAAGAAAAAUGUACCACAAUUACGCUGUCAAAAUAGCAGACAACAACUAAAGAACAAGAAGAUCACAGGGUCAACCAGGAGCAAAAGUCACAAGAUUUGGAAUACACUAUAAAGAAUUACUUAGUUUAAUGAA